AUGGCUUCGCUGAAGGACUCAAUACACAGCCCUCACACUACGCUAGCCUUCACCGAACGGCAAGGCGUAGAGUCAAUAUUCCUCGUUCUCAAGGAUAUCGAGAAUCGACUCAGACAGAACGGUCAUCGUACGACUUUCUCGGAGGAUGGCAUUUAUCUGGUACACGGAGAAGCGAAGUCCAAUGUUGAGAGUACAUUGAAGGUCGAACAGCUUGUCCGCGAUUUCAAGAAACGCAUGAUUGACGAGAUCGAAAACGAUGCGACGAAGACGGUUGUCAGGAAGCCACGACUGCUCGCCUGCCCGACGAUCGCAUCACCAUCUGACUGGCAAGAGUGUAACAUUUCUCGCCAUGCUACAGAUGGGCUGGGUUGGGAUGUGAAAACUGUGGUGACGGCGAGCAAAAGAGAGAAAGUCGCGCCCGCUUCUCAACAGCUAUUAGAAGAGGAAGGAAGAGAUGGCCAGCAUGAUCUGGCCACCCAUCCUUUAUCUCCAGAUGCCUCCAGUAUCGCCGAUGGCAUGGGCACGCGAGAUGCGACUGAGUGGCCACCACAGGAAAAGCCGAGAGUCAAGCUUCCUUCAAGCCCUGUUGAGACUUUGUCGUCUGAGAUAGACCAGACCCUCUGCCACGUCUACAGUGAGCCUCUGACGACAGACGUCGACGAGAUACAUCAAGACAGACCACUCGACCCGAUCGGCCCGAACAACCAUCAGAUCCCGCACAUCUUGAUUCAGGAACAACAAGCCAGGAUUCAAGAGCUUGAAGAAGAGCUUAAGAGAGCAAAUGCGGCAAGGCUUGUCGCUGAGAAUAGGGCGCAGGAAUUGCAAGAAGAAGCAGAGACACGUGAAGAAAUUUCGCCAGCACGUCUAAAUAUUGAGGAUCUGGCUGACGAAAUCUUGGUGAUCAGCACGAAGAAUCGUGUCAUGGAGCGCAAGCAUGACCGAUUGGCGGAAUCUUUUGCCCAGCUACAGCAAGACCACGAGUGGCUCUCGCGACACUUGGUGAGGCUUGAUUACUCAACCGCACGGAUCUCGCAGACCAUUAGCACCAUUCAAGAUGACCGCAAGACCGGAGUCGGAUCUGAGCUCCUGGCACGAAUGCAAACUACUGUGGAGAGACAUGACAGCGAGUGGUUGCCCAACUUGGCAGACAGGCUCAGUGUGAUGGAGGUCGAUCUGAAAGCGUUGUGGGCUGCUCUGCAUGAUUAUGCACCUCCGGGAUCUGCAUCUGAUACGCCGACCACUGGCGGAAAAGAUCCGAACGAUUGCAAAGGAUGUAAUGGCGACGCGCUGGUCAAGGAGAACCAAGAUGGCACUUUUAUGCCUUGUCGAUAUUGGAGCUCUCUGGCCUAG